AUGGCCCCCUCCGACCGUCUCAACCAGGUCAACAAGCACCUCAACUACCCGGCUGGCAUGCUUGCCGGCCAAGUAGCCAUCAUCACCGGUGCGGGACAAGGCAUCGGCGCCGAAGCGGCACGACUCUUUGCCAAUGAAGGUGCCAAGGUGGUGGUUGCUGAUAUUGACAGCAAGAAGGCGAGUGCCGUUGCUGACGCUAUCAACGCCGCCGAGCCCGGGCGUGCGCUGGCCGUCGUCGGAGAUAUCACGGACGCGAGUUACGUCGAGACGCUGGUGAAGCGGACGGCCGAGUUUGGCGGUGGCAAGAUUCACAUCAUCAUUAAUAAUGCCGGGUUUACCUGGGAUGGAGUGAUUCACAAGAUGACCGAUAAGCAAUGGGACACCAUGUUGGCCGUGCACAACACCGCGCCAUUCCGCCUCGUACGUACUGCAGCGCCGUACUUCCGCGUCAAGGACAAGGAGCCCCGAGUCAUCAUCAACAUCAGCAGCACGAGCGGUAUCCACGGCAAUGCCGGCCAAGCCAACUACGCCGUGGCCAAAGCCGGCGUCGUCGGUCUGACCCGCACCAUCGCCAAAGAAUGGGGUCCGGCCUUUGGCGUCCGCUCUAACACUAUUGCCUUCGGUUUCGUGACUACCCGUCUGACAGCUGCCAAGGAGGCCGGGGCGUUUAUCACCGCCCCUGAUGGUACUAAGGUUGCGCUGGGAAUUCCGGGCAAGCAGUUGGAUUCGAGGAAGGGUGAUGAUGCUGCUGCAGCGUACCCGGAUAUCCCGCUGCGCCGGCCUGCGAGUCCCGAGGAGGCGGCGAGGGCGGUGUUGGGUGUUGCUAGUCCAUAUUUCUCGUAUGUUAAUGGCGAGACUAUUCGUGUUACUGGUGGGAGGAACAUGUAA